AUGGCGUCAACUCGCUCUGCCUGGCGUACUCUGCACUAUAGCGCAAAGCGCCGUGCCUUCCAGCCCACAACCCCCUACCGCUGCUUCUCCUGCACCCACGCCGCCCAAGACCCAAAGCAGGGCCCAGAGCGCAUGACACACUUCGGCUUCACCAAUGUGCCCGAAUCAGACAAGGAGUCGCGAGUCGGCGCAGUCUUCAGCUCCGUAGCCUCUUCCUACGACACAAUGAACGACCUGAUGUCCCUAGGAAUCCACCGCCUCUGGAAAGAUCACUUUGUCCGCUCUCUAAACCCCGGAUCCCCCCUCAGCGCCCGCAUCAACAACCCUAACCAAAAAGGCUGGAACAUUCUCGACAUUGCCGGCGGGACCGGUGAUAUCGCGUUCCGCAUGCUCGACCACGCUACGAACAUUAACCACGAUGUCGAGACCCGCGUGACAAUCAGCGAUAUCAAUGCUGAUAUGCUCGCUGAGGGCCGCAAGCGUUCUAUCCAGACACCGUACUACAAUACUCCCCGGUUGUCAUUUGUUGAGGCGAACGCCCAGUCCAUGCCUCAUAUCCCAUCUGGGUCGAUCGACUUGUACACCGUUGUGUUUGGUAUCCGCAAUUUCACGGAUAAACAGGCUGCGCUCGAUGAGGCGUUCCGGGUGUUGAAGCCUGGUGGUGUGUUUGCUUGCAUGGAGUUUAGCAAGGUUGAUAACCCCGUGUUUGACGCGGUUUACAAGAGGUGGAAUUUCAGUGCUAUUCCUCUUAUUGGACAGCUUGUUGCUGGGGAUCGGGAUAGCUAUCAAUAUCUUGUUGAGAGUAUUGAGAAGUUCCCUAGCCAGGAGGAGUUCCGGGGAAUGAUUCAGAAGGCUGGAUUUAUGAUCCCUGGUCGUGGGUAUGAGAACCUGACUGGUGGUAUUGCGGCUAUUCACAAGGGUAUUAAGCCUCUUAAGGCUUGA